CAAUGUAACAAAAGCAGCGGGGAUGAAACAGUGAAAUAACGCGCGAGUGUAUGAAGCGCUGCGCUCACGCGGGACUUGAUUAAUAAUAAUAACACACACACACACACACCCCAGUGAGUUUAGUGGUUAAAGGGCUGACAGUGGCUCGAGCUGUGAGUGAGUGAGCUCAGGAGGACUGUGCUUACAGAGAGACCGCCAGAGGAGUCUCCUCCGCAGCUGGACAGAGGACCGGAGGACCGGAGGACCGGAGCGGGCCGACAUGGACGAGCAGCCGCGCCUGAUGCACGCUCAUGCGGCCGUGGGGAUGAGCGGACACCCGGGCCUGUCCCAGCACAUACCGGACAACACCGGAGCCACCGACGGAGACGGACGGAAGCAGGACAUUGGAGACAUUUUACAACAGAUCAUGACCAUCACUGACCAGAGUCUGGACGAGGCGCAGGCCAGAAAACAUGCUCUCAACUGCCACAGAAUGAAGCCAGCGCUCUUCAACGUCCUGUGUGAAAUCAAAGAAAAAACAGUGUUGAGUAUCCGUGGCGCUCAGGAGGAGGAGCCUCCCGACGCCCAGCUGAUGCGAUUGGACAACAUGCUGCUGGCGGAGGGCGUGUCCGGGCCGGAGAAAGGGGGCGGGUCUGCGGCGGCAGCGGCGGCGGCGGCUUCGGCUGGAGUCGGAGCCGAUAACUCAGCCGAACACUCAGAUUACAGAGCCAAACUCACCCAGAUCCGCCAGAUCUACCACACCGAGCUGGAGAAGUACGAACAGGCGUGUAACGAGUUCACGACCCAUGUGAUGAACCUGCUGAGAGAGCAGUCUCGCACACGGCCCAUCUCACCCAAAGAGAUCGAGCGCAUGGUCGGCAUCAUCCACCGCAAGUUCAGCUCCAUCCAGAUGCAGCUCAAGCAGAGCACCUGCGAGGCCGUCAUGAUCCUGCGCUCCCGCUUCCUCGACGCCAGGAGGAAAAGACGAAACUUCAACAAACAGGCCACAGAGAUCCUGAAUGAAUAUUUCUACUCCCAUCUCAGUAACCCGUAUCCCAGCGAGGAGGCCAAAGAAGAGCUGGCCAAGAAGUGUUCGAUCACCGUUUCGCAGGUGUCCAACUGGUUCGGAAACAAACGGAUCCGAUAUAAGAAGAACAUCGGGAAAUUCCAGGAAGAAGCCAACAUGUACGCGGCCAGAACGGCUGUGAACGCGGCGAGUGUGUCGGCACACGGCAGUCAGGCCAACUCCCCGUCCACUCCGAACUCAGCAGGUUCUGCUGGCUCUUUUAACAUGUCAAACUCUGGCGAUUUGUUUAUGAGUGUUCAGUCUCUGAACGGGGACUCGUACCAGGGCUCUCAGGUGGGAGCCAAUGUGCAGUCACAGGUGGAUACCCUUCGCCAUGUUAUCAGCCAGACAGGAGGAUACAGUGACGGCCUCGCAGCAAACCAGAUGUACAGUCCGCAGGGCAUCAAUGCGAACGGUGGCUGGCAGGACCCCACCACCCCGUCCUCCGUCACCUCCCCCACAGAAGGACCCGGAAGCGUUCACUCCGACACCUCCAACUGAUCCUCACACACACGGACUGUCUCCAUCCGCGCACCAUCACACGUCUUCAUGCUACCUCUCAAACAUCCAGACCGAGACAACAGGACGUUUAGACUAGACACAUGGCUCUGUACUGUACGUCCACCCUGCCUUCAUCCUCACGUUAUGUUUCAAACAUUUUUGCAAUUUUACCAUAGUGCCAAAGUACUUUUAUACAUCACUUUAGGAGCUCGUUUUACUUUAUAAUAGACUUGUGCUUGAAAAAGCAGUUUGCACUGCGUCGGAGCUGAACUAGGUUUCUGUUCGUCUAAUAAACCUUUGCUUUGAAUCUCGAAAUAUUUGGUUCGUGUACAUGAGGGAAAAUCAUAAUUUCCCUGCUUAAGCUGUAGUGCAGUUUAGAGCUAUCUAGAUAUCAAAAUAUUCAUUUCUGAAGGUUAUUAGCACAACGGUAUCAUUAUUUAGCAUAUUUUUAAAUAAGAUUCACAUGCAUCACGCUUCAGUUUAUUCAUGUAAUCUUGAUGCAUUUCUGUCUGAUGUUUAUGUACAGACACACAAAUCCCUUUAUAUAUACAUUAUAUAUAUAUAUAUCAUCAUCAUCAUCAUUGCACAUCAGAAUGCAAUAAAAGGCAAUCAGAAGUGAACCGAUCCCAAAUGUGAAAUCGCUUUCUUUUCCGGUUACGAAUCCCAUCUUCCUUGAUACCAAAAACCACAGGUGUGUCCGCUCUUCUGUUCACAUCACAUCCUUCAUGCUGUAAACUGUGUCAAAUCUGGGAAGCGUCUCUCACGUGGAUACACACCUGAAACCAAAAAUCCACUCGUGUUUCUCAAGAAGAAAGGAAAAGCUCACGAUGGCACACAAAUGCAGAAAUCAGUUUGGAUAUAUUUUUGAUGCCCUCCUGUUGUGAAUAGCUGAUUCUCAUUUCUGAUUUCAUAUACGAACGGCCACAUGUUUUAUUUCUCGCAAGCAUAAUGUGAAUGCGUGCUAGCUUCUAUAGGUAGAUGUGCACCUUUACUCUUCUUUUGCUCUUUUCAUGACAACGGCAUCCACAUUUAAAUCGAUUAAGUCUUUACAGGCUUUCUGCUCAGCUGAUUGAGAAUGAGAGAGACAUGAAGAGAUAGUGCGGGUCAUAGUCUUUCCUGGUUUGCAGACCCCUCCUCAGCAGCAGUGUAUUCCCGAGAGCCUCAUCUAAUGAUGCUUUUAGUUUUUGCAUAUACAGCGGUUUGUAAAACAUCAGAUGUUUACUUUAUUGCAUGUCUGCAGUGUUUUUGAAUGUUUCUUCUUUUUUUAUAUCAAGCGCCGAGACGUUCUCUUGUCCAGUUUGAACUUUUAAGAUCUCUGCGUGUGUAUAAAAGGAAUACAACGGAACAAACUAUUGUCUUUUUGAUUCCAACUCGUUUUUGUGAAGAAAAACUAACAAGGUGUAGGUUUUCUGGUCUCUUCAUUUGUACUGGUAAUGCAUAUUCCAAAUAAAUAGUUUCUUUUGUUGCAA